CUCAGCAUACAACAAAGAUAAGUGAGCCUGGGAGGAGGGCCCCCUAAGGGGUCUUUAGAUUCUGGGAAAUGUCUGAUUGGCAGAUGUUAAAAGAGAUUCUUUGGUAAUCCUGUGCAUCAAUGAGCUGCACAAAUUCAGACCAGGACUGCAAGAAUUCAGGCAUGAGGACACUGUGCAGCAGGCUCGCACAGGCAGACCCAAGAUGGACAGAACCUUGGAAUCCUUGAGACACAUCAUUGCCCAAGUCUUGCCUCACAGAGACCCGGCUCUAGUCUUCAAAGACUUGAAUGUUGUGUCAAUGUUACAGGAAUUUUGGGAAAGCAAGCAGCAACAGAGGGCUGCGUUCCCAAGUGAAGGUGUGGUGGUCUACGAGUCGCUGCCAUCUCCUGGACCACCCUUUGUGAGUUAUGUGACCCUCCCAGGGGGAAGCUGUUUUGGCAACUUCCAGUGCUGCUUAAGUAGAGCUGAGGCCAGACGCGAUGCAGCUAAAGUGGCCCUAAUCAACUCCCUCUUCAAUGAGCUGCCCUCUCGCAGGAUCACCAAGGAAUUCAUUAUGGAGAGUGUGCAGGAAGCAGUUGCCUCCACUAGUGGCACUUUGGAUGACGCGGACGACCCCAGCACCAGCAUUGGAGCCUACCACUACAUGUUGGAGUCAAACAUGGGGAAGACCAUGCUGGAAUUUCAGGAGCUUAUGACCAUUUUCCAACUAUUGCACUGGAAUGGAAGCCUAAAAGCCCUUCGUGAAACAAAGUGUUCCCGACAGGAAGUCAUCUCCUACUAUUCCCAGUAUUCCCUAGAUGAAAAGAUGCGCAGCCACAUGGCCCUGGACUGGAUCAUGAAGGAGCGGGAGUCACCAGGAAUUCUCUCCCAAGAGCUACGCAUGGCCCUGAGGGAGCUGGAGGAAGCCAGGAAAGCAGGACAAGAACUACGUUUUUACAAAGAAAAGAAAGAAAUCCUGAGUUUAGCUCUGACUCAGAUCUGCAGUGAUCCUGACACUUCCUCACCCAGUGAUGAUCAGUUGAGCCUCACGGCCCUUUGCAGCUAUCACUAACAAGGCCAGGUCCCAGCUGUCCCCAAGGCGGGCAGAGGCCGGACUGUAACAUUAGGAAGCUCAUUGAAGGAGGUCAUCAGAGGCUUUAGCAGCUAUAGAUGCUGCCUGAAGGCUGUACUAAUUCUCCCCACCCAUUCCAUUCAUUGAAUCUCAGAGUAGCAGGACCCUUACAGGACCCAACAUGUCACUCAAUGCAAUUUUCCCAUCACACUCUCAAUAGUUCCACCUCAGACUGAAAGGAUGGAGACAAGAUUGCUUGAAAAAUAUUUUCCAGGCCUGGCUUCAACCUGAAGCCUUGUUGACAUGUGCCUUGCUAGAUUAUAUAUGUUGUUUAAAAGAAUGGGUCAAUGUAGCAUCCCCGAAAAGAACACCAGCCGGGACUGGGGAAAGUAGCAUGAUAGCAAUUAAAAAAUACUUGGGAUUAAAUAAACAAUAUGGAUUCUUUAAAAAAAUAUCCAGGGGUCAGAGUUUCUUCCUAAGCUUUGUAAGCUACAAGAUCACUUACACUCUACUAGGUGUAAUCCAAAACUUCAGUGAGGAUU